GCAGCCCGGGCGCGGAGCGGUGCGGGCCGAGCUGCGCGGGCGGGCGCGGAGCGGAGCGGAGCGGGGCGGAGGCGGAGCGCUGCGAUGUGCAGGAUGUCGUUCAAGGAAAAACGAGGGUGGUGUAGGCAGGAAGGAGAGAAAGCAGUAACGUCCUUGCCGGGCUUUGGGGUGCCCCGGGAGUGCUGCGGUGGCAGCUGAUGGAGCGGGCGCUUGUCACAGCUGACAGCCCCAAAAGGAAAGAAACACCACUUGCCAAUGCUGCAUUUUGGGCUGCAAGAAAAGGAAACCUGGCUCUCCUCCAGCUGCUGCUGAACAGUGGGCGAGUAGAUGUGGACUGCAAAGACAGCCUUGGCACAACAGCUCUGAUGGUAGCCUCUUACUAUGGCCACAUAGAUUGUGUACGGGAAUUGGUGUUGCAAGGAGCAGAUAUCAAUCUGCAGAGAGAGUCAGGUGCAACUUCUCUGUUCUUUGCUGCACAGCAAGGCCACAAUGAUGUAGUGAAGUUUCUCUUUUCAUUUGGAGCCUCCACUGAAUUUAAGAAUAAAGAUGGAGGCACAGCUCUGCUGGCUGCCUGUCAGUACGGGCAUGCAAAAGUAGUGGAAACUCUGCUGAAGCACGGCGCCAACAUUCACGAUCAGCUCUAUGAUGGAGCUUCUGCAAUUUUCCUGGCGGCACAAGGAGGGUAUCUGGAUGUCAUCCGAUUGCUGCUUUCUUCAGGAGCAAAGGUCAACCAGCCACGACAGGAUGGGACAGCUCCCCUGUGGAUUGCCUCGCAGAUGGGUCACAGCGAAGUGGUGCGAGUGAUGCUGCUCCGGGGAGCUGAGCGAGACGCCGCGCGGGACGAUGGUACCACUGCUUUACUGAAGGCUGCCAUUAAAGGCUACAACAAUGUGAUAGAAGAGUUGCUGAAAUUCUCUCCCACACUUGGCCUGCUGAAGAAUGGCACCUCUGCUCUCCAUGCAGCCGUCCUGAGCGGCAACGUGAGGACAGUGGCGCUGCUCCUUGAGGCAGGAGCGGAUCCGUGCCUGAGGAACAAGGCAAAUGAAUUGCCAGCAGAACUAACAAAAAAUGAACGCAUCCUCCGACUCCUCCGUGCAAAGGAAAAGCAAAGGAAAAGCUAAUGCAUCCCUACGGCAGAUGCAGUUUGACAGAGAUGUGCCCUGACCACAAAUAGUGACAGUAAUCCUAGUUGGAACAGUUUGCAGAACUGAUUAGCCAGUCCAGUACAUGCUCCCUGAACGCACCAGACCCUGCCACAGGGUCACCACGGGCUGGAGCUUCCGCCCGGCAUCGCUGAACGCGGGACCAUGAUGAGAGCAGGGGGUGGCCCAGGAGCUGCCUCUGCACCGCAGCCCUGCCUGGCCUCCAGACCCCACCGAUCCCAGCACCCACCUUGGCUCCCCACGCCUCCUGGCACAGGCAAGCACCCCUGCUGCUUCAGACACGCAUCCCCACACUGUCAUGGCCACACAGCUGUGACAGCGUGCGUAGGGAGCACUCGGCCCUUGUGCCAGAAGGAUACCAGGCCCUUGCAGCUGUUUGGAUUCAGUUGGCCAUGGAGCAGCCCCAUGACCCCCCUGCCCUCCCUUUGCUGACAGUGACCAUUCCUCUCUACCUCCAAGUGCCAUGUGAGACUAGAGGUGAGAUGCUGCCUGAGCCAUCACAACAGCAAAAGUUCUCCUGUCAGCCCAGGGGUGAGGUAACAUUUUUGCUACUACAUGAAGCUCUAUAAAAAUGAUCAAGAGUAUUGCAAGUGUUGCCAAAAGCUACCAACCAAACAAAAAGCAAGGGGAAGUCCUCUUAAUUGCAGCAUCUUGAUCUGCCAAUCUGUCCAGCAAUGAAACACAGUGGAAAAGUUUAUUUCAAAAUGCCUACACCACUUCUGGGAAUCCUUCCCCAGCCUGUGUGCAUUUUUGUGAGUAGAGGAGGACUGGUUGCUGAGCAAACCAACAAUGCCCAAAAGGGCAUUUUUCCACAUCAGAAACUCAGCUGUCAGGCACAACAAACCGCACAGAUGCUACACAAGUGGUAUUUGUACGUUCUGCACCCAGAUAUGUGACACUAUGGUUUGGUACCCACAGCUGCUAUGCAAAGCGCUCAUUCCCCAGGUCUGUGGCAGGAGCUAAGGGAGAAUUGCACAGUGUACAGGUGUUUCAACACUUGGCAAGAGGGUUACACGUAGCCAUACCUGAACAGACCCACCAAUUAUUGCAGACAUGGAAAAUGAAGUCUGAACAGCAGUUUUGGCCUUUAUUGUGGUUAAGAUACUUAGACAUGCUACUAGUGCCUGUGUGGGGAAGGCAGUGCAAAUUGCAGGUGGCUUGUGAGCAGCUAUGUUAUAACCAUGUUGCUCUAAGACACCCCAUUAAAACCCAGUCAUUUCUGCAGUAUAAAACAGUAUAUACCAUGUCCUGUUAGCCACAAAAACAUUAGAGAUUAAUUUACAGUGAGUUGAGGUAAAAAGUUAGUUCAGUACAUAAAUCCAGGCACUUCACCUACUUUCAAACCUUGGCAAAUUACUGAAUUGCUUUAAAAGUUGAAGGCAAGGAAGAUUGUAAGGACACAAAAUAAUUCUUGCUUAAGAAAUGUCUGCCUAUGUUUCAGCUGAACUGCUGCAUUUGUGCUUUGGUGAGUUAAUAGGAAAUCUAUAAGUGAGCUAACACAAAUGAAUGUAGUUUAUGUAUUGCAGAUUAGCCAUGUGAAUUAUCAAAUUAUAAAGUUAUUCUUUUUGUGAGUAAGUUAGAUAAGAAGUCAGUGUUCUGGUGAAGAGAACAGAACCAGGUGUACCUUUUCUUGCAUGCUGGAAUUCCUAUUCCAUUUCUACUCUGCAUUAAAUAGGAAAGCUUUAAGUUUUCCAACAAUGUAAUAAGAAAAAAAUUAUUUGUUUAGGUAAUUUACGCUGCUGUAUUUUUAAAUUAAAAUAAUGUUGUGCCUAACAGAAACUUGCAGAUGAACUGGUACAGAACCAAAGAAUUAUGCAAGAUGCUUAAAGGUUGAUGGUAUCCAGGUUUAAGUUCUGCAAGAGACUAAAAAGUAUUGAGCAUGCAGAAAUCUCAAGAGCCUUAUUUGGAUCUUAAAUUGCACAGCAUUACAAGGGACUGCACUCUAACUUCUUUAACAAACAACACUGGAGAGACAGGAGCCUCCAGUGGACUGAAGAUGAGAUACUAGUUUGGAGAACAGUAGAGGGACUCUGGGCAGCCUGGCCUCAAUAUGGAACUUUCACCCUAAAUUUUCUACAGAUCAACAAUGGGCAACAACCACACUCUCAGUGAAAAGCCCUUUCAUAUUUGUAAAGGAGGUGAAUAAUCAUUAGAAGGUCUUCAGUAGCUAUGCAAUAAAUACUCUUAAUAUCAGACAGGCUGUAGUAAUCACACAGUCCUCUUAAAAAAGGUGGAAGCAUCCAUUUUUGGUGAAGGUCUCCUAUUUUUUCCUGAGAGCAGAGCAUAGGAGAGAGGACAAGGCAAGCCAACAGUAGACCUGCAACAGCUGAAGUAAGGAAGCUGAGACAACAAACACAGGUAUCCGAAACCUACAGGUGGCCCUUCCUUUCUGCCAGGUGUAUUUUCUUGGGAGAGUUGUCUCGUCCCAGAGGGAGCAGUUACUCAGCAAAGAGCUUCUUCAACUGUGCCUGGCCAUGAGAAGAUGCAUGUCUGCUCCUCACCACUUAGAGCAGGACUUUCCAAGUCCUGUGUCCAGCUGCCUCUAUGAAUGGUCACUGCUGCUGGGGAUCUCUUGGAACAUGUGAAGAGCACCUGGCUCCCUGUGUCCCACACAGGACAUCUGCUGACCUUUUGAGAGGAUGCAACUACCAGGUCUUUUUUUCUUCUUUUUUUUUUUUGAGUGAUCUUGUGAUAUAAUGGGCUUUUCGCAUUUCUGAACAACAUUUGAAAUGUGGGGCUAGCACAGGUUAAAGGGAGGGAUUUGUUGGUCUCUUCUUGCUCUCAUUAGUGCUGGCUGAUACAACACACAGGCUGUCUGGGGGGAUCUGUAUGGAGAACUGGCAUUGAAGUCUUCAGUCUGAUUCAGGCUGAAGUUGUAUCUAGCGUCAGCAAAGACACUAUUCAACCAGAAUGAGACUUCUGGCAUGGAAACCUCCUUUUUGGGAGCAUUUCUUUCAUCUUGGAGCCUUUGGAGAGAGGAAUGGUUUCAGUUUUGGGCUCCCUGUAACCCAAAGGUGCUUAAUCUGCCUGUAUAUGGGCUAUAAAGUUGCAAUACUGUUUAUCACCAUGCAAUCAAUGUUUUCACAAAGAAACCUUAAUAAUUAUUAGUAUUUAUGUAGCUGUUGUUAUCUUUAAAGUGUUUGGUAAAUACUGUGGUUUGUUUGUUGUAUUAAAAAGGAAGCCCAUUUUCCCUUGGUAGCUGAAGUGAUUCACUAAUACUGGCAGUUGUUCUUUGCAUAGUUGUGGUGCCUUUUGUGUAAGGUUUUCCAGUUGAUCUACAGACUUUAUUUAUCUUUGUAAAUUCCAAAAUGCAUUGCUGAAGUAAGCAAGGAUGUAAAUUAUUUUAUUCACAAACCAGUGAAACACAGUAGCAUUUCAUCGGUUCAAUGUCAACAGAAAAGAGUACAUUUAGACAUAUAGAUUUAGAAAUUAUGGGGCAUUAAACUAAUUUCAUAGACAACAGGAUGAAGAUAGAUAUAAUAAAAAGGUGUGAAAUAGAACUGGGACAGAAUAACACAACCUUUUUUUUUCUGAGUUGGGUUUUGGGGUUUCUUUUCCCUUUAAACUGGCAUAUAUAUCUCCAUCUUACACCCAAAACCAAUAAGCUCCACUAGCACACUGAUUUCAGGUUUGCUUCCCUGCACAUUCAGAGCCAGAGGCUCAGCCUGCUAUCCCCUCUACGUUUAUGCAAGUGCUGUUAGCCUGGUGACCUCCCAUCAGCUCUAAGUGAGUACAAAGGAUGCGCAACCAAGCAAGAGGCCACACCAAUGAGUCAAUGAAAAAUAUAGGGCAUUUUUCUUCUAUUUCACUAGUAUCAAACUGCCACUGUUGAUCUCGUUUCAGAGGAAUGAGACCCACUCUUUCAAGGAGAGAAAAAAACUAAAACUUUAUUUUUUAUAUCCCUUUAUACAGAGUUUUAUAAACCCUCUCAUGUCUAUCUCCUAUCUAUUGGUUGGUAACAAGCUGUUACCCUGUUGUCAGUCUUGGACAAGGUGUCUGUGUGAAAGAAAGGGUUGUUUGUGAGAUAUUGUUUCUGCUCUUUUACUGAGACAGUUGGGAUUGUUGAAUUAGGUGCAAGAAAUUAGUCAUGAUCUGUAGAAUUAUUUUUUGCUGUUGCUCCUGUUUUCAUGAAGAGCUGUUAGCUUUCCCGUGGCUAUCUUGAACUGAGACUUAGUAUGCAAGGCCUUAUCCAGGCCUGCUGUUUGCCACCACAUCAAGCCAUUGUGUCAUAGGGAUGAGCACAAGGAAAAGCCUGCAAGAUCUAGACAAAAGUGACAUCCCAGCACAGACACAGUAGUGGUGGAACCUCAGAGGUUCCAAAACACAUGGAGCUCUUCAUUUAGAUUAUCACUGCAGUGCAAUGUGCAGGGACAUCUGUUCAGUAAUGAUACAAAAGGCAAUAUUGUUCCACUUGACUUGCACAUGCUUUUCUUCUCCUGGAACAAAACCAUCUCACUGUUGAUUCACCCACCUUUGUUUAGCUUAGAAGAGCUGAGAGAAUUACAGCAUGAGAUCAAAUAGCUGCAGGUUAUAUUUAAUGCACUUUACAACAAUGAUUAUCUGCCUCAGAGUCAAAAUUAAUUGCAGGAAUAAUUCACACUUCCUUUUCCAGCCAGUCCUAGUGACUAUUGGAAAAAUCCACAAGUUAACCAAAUCUGGUGCCUCAGAAAUUUCAGAAUUGUAGUACAGAAAAUGAGGUAGCACAAACCCCAGCCCCUUUGUACUUCAUUUGAUAUGAGCACUGAACAGACAUAAAAUACAAGCCUUGUCUGGAGUCAUUGGUGUUAGAAUGGUAAUGUUUGCUAUGAGCCCAAACAAAGGUAAUACAUAAGGCUUUUUUUUUCCAGCAAUAGGACAUUGUACUGCACACCUGGGACUAAAUGGAGUUCUGCCUUCUCACAGCAGCUCUGCUUUUGGCUCCUGGGAAUAUCAUGAGAGUUUCACACUGUUCUGAAUUCUGCCUUUUUUUUUUUUAAACUGAUCUUUUAUGCAUUUGAUAAAGCAUAUGUAAAUUUAUAUGGCUCCAUGUGAGACUAAUAUUCUGCAACCGGAAUGUUGCUUUACUAAAAUAUGUUUGUCCAUAUCAUUUCAACAAAAAUAUACUACUCAAAUAAUCUUGUUCUGCAUACUUCAGAUUUCUUUGCUUUCAUCUCUAUUCUACUCUUUUUACAAUACCAGAAUUAGUUUCUUAUUUACACAAAGACCACUUUGUUCUAUUCUACUCAAUUGACUAGACUGUUAUUGUUUUCUAGGUCUUCACAGAUGAGAUAGUAUUCACAAAAAAAAAAAACAUAACAAAAAACCAACAACAACAACAAAAAAACCCCACCAUCAACAAAAAAGUAGGAAAAAAAAAGAAAAAAAUGAAUGGUGUGGCUUGGGAACAGGAAAACUUAAUUUAUUAAUUUAGCAUAACAUAAUAAGAUUUCUUUCAAAGAUCCAGACAUCACUGACAAAGUUCCCUUUACAUUAACAUCCAUUAGGUCAGGUCUCUCCGAAGGGAAGAUUAUAAAAAGUAACAUUAGGAACCAAAGGAAUGAGACAGUACAUUUAAUUAGUCAAACAUGUCUUGGUGGUUCCAUUUUGGUCCUAGAUGUAAAACUGGCCCUUACACUGACCAGACGAAUUUCAGCUAAAAAAGUCAACGCCCUGUUGAUAUGCUUAUUAUGGUGUGCAGUGGAUUAUGUGC